CGGUUCAUCACUCUCUUCCAUAACGGUUACUAGUUCCAAGUUCCUCUCUGUCUUGUGAAUUUUGCUCUGUAAAGCUCGCUUUCUUUCUGGCUCUUUGUCUGUUUAUAUUUCACUCUCUCUUCUCUUCUCUUUUCUCUCUCUCUGUCUAGCUGUAAUGGAGCCUGCAAAAAUUGAUUGGAAGAACUUGGAAUGGAGAUUUGUGGAGGACAAAGCCUACGAGCAGAUCAACGCCCCCAAGUGGUUCGAUUUCUUGAACCCCAAUGACAACCUCCUCGACGACCACGCCUUCUUUUGCACUCCCGAAUGCAACCACCCAAAGACCGCCGAAGACUUUCUUAGAUCCUCAUCACCUUACAAGGUUGCGAGCUCAUCUGAUGUUUCUGGUAUCUCUCCACUUGGUGAUAAAGUCCAAAGAGAUGUGAAACUAAAAAGAAGAGGGCUCCCUAACUCAUCAGUUCAUCCCACCAAUAAUUCAAGAUUCAAGGAGGAUAGCGAAAACCAGAACCCCAACCUAUCAACCCCUCCAAACUAUCAAGCUAAGGCCAUGAAAGAAGCAAUCAAAUCAAGUACAGAGAAGAAGCAACCAGUUGAGACUGCAACACAGAGCAAUGAGGUGCUCCCCAGGCUGAAAAGCACGCUUUCGGCGAGAAACUUAUUUGCAGGAAAGGACAUUCUGAAUCAUAUCACUGACUUCUGCAGCGAAUUGAAGAGAUUGGCGAUGAACGCAAAGGAGAGGGAGGAAGUGGAGAAAGGUAUAGUGAAUAACAAAGAAGAGGAGGUGAAGAAGGUGGAGUCUAAUGGUGAGGUUCUGGGUGAGUUGAAUGGGAGGGAAAGAGAGAGAAUGCCAUUGCUUGAAUUGGGUAAAGGGAAGUCAGAAAGAAUGGUGAAGAAGGAGGAGUGUAAAGUUGAAGUUCUGGGUGAGGUGAAUGGGAAGCAAAGAGAAAGAAUGCCAUUGCUUGAUGCCAAUAAAGGGAAAACUGAAGGAAUUGAAGGAAGAAUUAUACAGGAGGGAAAGAGGAUUAAGAAGAGAGUUGAUAAUGCAGAGAACAUCCCAGUCUCUUUAAAUUUGGAGAGUGUAAAGCGAAAAGGGGGGGAGGACUUGUUGCAAAUCCGGACCAACCCUCCCUCUCCUCAAUGCUUUUCUGCUGCAAGGCCCCCCAGCAAAAUCACACCUUCAAAAGCCUCAAAGUCCAGACUAAUGGAAAAGGGGGGAAUCCUUCAAGGGCAGACCAACAAACAAGUGAUCGCCAUGGAUGAUUCUAAACAAGUGAUCACCAAGGAUGAUUCCACAGAAAAAGCCAAGAGCGUCUGUAUUGCUGAUGGAAAAGAAGCAAGAACCUUGGACGUCUUUUGGCUUAAGAAUUUGAAGAGGUUUGCUGACACAGUGAGGGUGAAGAUAGCGAUAAAUUCGAGUCAUCGUGAACGGCCUUUUGAGGGGAUAAGGCUUCUCCCAACAGGUCGGAAGUAUUGGCUCGGAAUUUUUUUGUAUUCAUCUGCGGUUGGUUUAGGAUCUUUUCUCCUCAGCUACAUCCCGGGGCUAAUCCGAUCAGUACUCACAGAGCUUGGAAUCAGCCAAGAGAUGUAUAAUCUUUUGGUUAUAUUUGUUGUGGCUUUUAGUUUUCUGGCUGGAGCAUGGUUGGGAUUCUGGACAGUUCUACAAGUGCAUCACCAUCAGAAAGGUUAUUCCCUUCUUAUUUCCACACGAUCCGAGAGGGGAGCGGUGUCAAGACAUGAGUGGGAAAGUAGCACCAAACAGACGACGGAGAAAGCCUUGGAAGAACUUGCUUCUUCUCGUGAUUUCGGCAAGUGGGUAGUUGCAAAUGCUGAUAGAAUCAGCAUCACCCCACUCAGCAGCAGAAAGACUGAUGAGCAGCGCCGCAGGUGGUGGAAACAGCUCAUCAGGCAAGGUUCCAUAAUGGACAACAUUUUGAAUGACAUGGAGUGUAUAUGGUCAUUAGGCUUUACACGUGGACGUGUAGGUAAUCCGUUCUGA